GAGAGGCUCGACAAACUCAAAGUAGACACACUUCAAAAGGUUGAUCUCUUGUCUGCUUCACGAUCGAAUCUCCUGUCUCAUCUCCUUGGAAAAUAUCUAGAAAUGCUCUGUGCCUACUACGAUAAAACAUGUCGUGCCUAUACUGCACUCUCCACUAAUCUUUCCACAUUCCAGCACUAUGAAUUUGAAAUUCUUACGGAUCUCAUUGAGCCUUCUAAAAAAGUGGCAAAAAAAGUACGCCAAGAAAGUGUUGAUAAAGACAAGAAUUUGGAGUACUCUCAGCUGCCAGCUGAACCUGAUGAGCAAGAGGAAACUGUGGGAAAUCUUGUGAAUUUUGAUGAUGAGCCAGAAGGCUCAUUGAAAAAGUAUUUAUUUGGUCGCGAAAGCCCUGUCGACGACAACAAUCAAGAGCCAGCGGAAGAGAGACGUGAAAGUCCUUUAGGAGUUCUGGAGAACGAAUUAGAGGAAGAAAAACCUUUGACGGAACAGUUUAAUAAGGUAAGGACCUCUAAUCUAUUUAGCUCAACCGAUACUUUAGAUGUUAGAACUCAAUUAUCGUCUCAUCGUUUUGAUUGAAA